UCAAACGGCCGCACUAGCAUGCGAAUAUUCACAAAUACCACCACAAGAUUGUAGGAGUUGCAAACAGAAUUUGUGAAUAAGGACUGACAGAUUGCCAGGAAGCGUUUCGCCUUGUCCCACGAUGUCGGACAGCACAGUGGCCGCAUCUGCGUCGGCCUCCGCCUCCUCGUCCGCCAAGUCGAGCCUCAGCGAUCUGCGUCAGUUCCGCAUCAACAAGAAUGCUUCCUCUGCCGUCGCUAGUCUUUCGAAAACUGAGCGUGUGCCUGGGAAGAAGCGCAUCCAGGUGAUGGCCGACAGUGACAGCGAUGGCAACGACUCCCAGACGCCCAAGAAAACCAAACUGGAGCUGACCGUUAAGGAAAAGGAGGAGCGCUACAUGGCAGCCGCCAAGAUUUCGCCCCACUUCGACACAAUGGCCAUCCAGGAGUCCCUUUCCCGAACCAAUUGGGAUGUGGCCGCCUCAGUGCGAUACCUAAGGGAGAACUGCAAGCCCAAGGGCCACAAUGGACCACUGGCCAAGUCCAAGCUAAAGCCCAGGUCAAACGGAAUAAGUGGAACUUCACAAGGCAACUUCUCGGAUAACGACCACUCAGACGACGAUGAUGUGAAGCAGUCCAAGGACCAGGUGUACGACAGCGAUGACAGCGAUAGCGAGAUGUCCACCAAGAUGACGGGGCAGCGCAAAAAAGUUUUCCAGUUUAUGAACGAGGCUUCGCUAAUUGAACUGCAGUCAGUUAAAACGCUGUCCGAGAAGAAGGCAUUAGCCAUCAUUGAUGUGCGGCCAUUUAGUGAUUGGGCUGAUUUGCGCCAAAAGCUGGAGAGCAUCAGAAUGUCGGGUGAUCUUUUGAAUUACGCUCAAGAGCUGAUUAACAAACAGAACACGGUGGCCGCCAUUCUAAGCAAGUGCAAUAACAUGGUGUCGCGCCUGGAGAAGGCGAUUUCCAAUGGUGCUGGCAUUGUGGAGCAGCCUAAGCUUCUUAGCAGCGGUCUACAGCUGGCUGAUUAUCAGAUAAUUGGCCUUAAUUGGCUCACCGUAAUGCACAAACAAGAAAUGAAUGGCAUUUUGGCAGAUGAAAUGGGUCUGGGCAAGACAAUUCAGGUUAUUGCAUUUCUGGCCUAUCUAAAGGAGAAUGGUCUUAGCCAGGCUGCACAUUUAAUUGUGGUGCCCUCGUCCACGCUGGAUAAUUGGGAGGCGGAGAUUAGCCGCUGGUGUCCCGAACUGGUGGUGGAGAAGUACCAUGGCUCGCAGGACGAGCGGAGGAGAAUGCGAGGCCGCUUUGCCAAGGAUGGAUUUACCGGCUUUGAUGUUCUUCUGACCACAUAUCACAUUGUGGGAUCCACACCGGAGGAGAGGAAAAUGUUCCGGGUUUGCAAGUUGGACUACGUCAUUUUUGAUGAAGCCCAUAUGCUGAAGAACAUGACCACGCAACGCUAUGCUAACCUUAUAACCAUAAACGCUAGGAUGCGAAUCCUGCUCACUGGAACUCCGCUGCAGAACAAUCUGCUGGAGCUUAUCUCUCUGCUCUGCUUCGUGAUGCCCAAAUUCUUUGCCAAGAGCAUCGAGGACAUAAAAUCGUUGUUUGCUAAGAAGGGAAAAAGCGAUGGAGAUCAGGAUGAGGUGUCACAGUUCCAGGAAACACAAAUCCAGAGAGCAAAGCGUAUCAUGAAGCCAUUUGUACUCAGACGCCUUAAAAAAGAUGUCCUCAAGAACCUGCCCAAGAAGCUAAGCCUGGUGGAAAAAGUGCCCAUGAGCAGUCAACAGAAAAUAUACUAUCAUGAGCUGGUCGAUUAUUAUUCCAACAACAAGGGCGAGGUGUGCAGCAGCAGCGAAAGGGCCGGCAUAGCGAUCAUGAUGGAGAUGCGGCGCAUUGCAAAUCAUCCGUUGCUGAUGCGUCACUACUUCACCGACGCCAAUCUACGUGGAUUCUCUAAGCGCCUGGCUAAUGCCAGUUCCUUUAAAAAGACCAACGAGCAAUACAUCUUUGAAGAGCUAGCCGUUAUGUCCGACUUUCAGGUCUACCAGAUGAUGAACAAGCAUGAGUUUUACGAUGUGAAAAUACCUGAUAAUUUGAUAUGCGAUUCUGGAAAAUUCCGCUACCUGGAUACGUUGCUUCCAAAACUAAAGGAAGAAGGACACCGUGUGCUGCUUUUCAGCCAGUUCACCAUGAUGCUAGACAUUGUGGAGGAGUAUCUGCGAAUACGAAAGUUUGGUUUCUGUCGCCUGGACGGUGCGACCGCCGUAAAUGUCCGCCAGGACUUGAUCACCGACUUCAAUGGGGACGAUAGCAUCUUUGUGUUUCUACUAUCCACCAAAGCCGGUGGCGUUGGCAUCAACCUGACGGCUGCCGACACCUGUGUCAUUCACGAUAUCGACUUCAACCCGUACAACGAUAAACAGGCCGAGGAUCGGUGUCAUCGCAUGGGACAGCAGCGUCCGGUGACCAUUUACCGUCUCAUUUCCGAGAGUACCAUCGAGGAGGGCAUCCUGAUGGCCGCCGAAGAGAAGCUAAAACUAGAAAAGGACAUUACUUCCAACGAGAAGGGCGAGGUGCACGAGCAGCGAUGUGUGGUCAAGCUGUUGACCACAGCCCUUGGCUUGGACAAGGAUCAGGAGGAGCAGCUAAACAAUUCACUAAACAACUCCAUAGCCUCGCCCGCCAAAUAGGCAUCCUCGUUGUCGUCGUUCUCGUCCUUGUCCCCACCACCGUAUUUAUUCUGCGCAAGCAUUGGAUCAACUUGGUCUAAUCGUCCUACCGCUGUCAAAUCCUGUCAACAUCUUUUGAAUUGUUUUACACCAAUCAAUAUUGUAUUUAUAUAUUUUUUAAACUUGUAUGCAAGGAGAGAUUUGAUGUAUGGUAAGCCAAAAGUGGAUCAUAAAUCGAGUUAGCAAUUUUUCACCGUUAAGGCGACAUUAGUUCUUCUUCACUAGUAACAGCAACAUUUCCACGAUAAACCAAGCAGACAAGUUUAUAUUCUUGUUAUAUUGAUUUGUCAUCUUGAUUAGUUUUCCUUCCUGUAAGCGUUUAUGUAUCGAAUUGAAGCUAUUGUUAUAAGGAUAAAGAUCAUUUUGUGUACGAAUGCGAUCAUGUUCAUUUAUUUCUACAUAUUUUCUCUAUAGUUCGAGCAUCUCGACAACCCUUAACGGAUCGCUCUCGCAUUUUCCCACGAGAUUCUUUUGGUUGUGUGGUGCAAAGAGACUCGGAGAAUCGCUUUCCAGAGAGCCCAACUGUUUUGAAGAGCUUUCGGCUGGCGCGGCGAUUCAUCAAGUCUUUAGUCUUCAACUGAUCGCUCGCGCCGAUGAUUUAAUUUUUAAGUUAAAGCCUGCGCCCAGUGUAGCAGCCAGCAGCGUUACUCACAUCCAUACAUACAUACGUGCGAAUAUACAUACAUGCCCACAUAAUACGGCGUACAUCGAUAAAUAGAUAUACCCCGCAGAUAUAGUGUCUCGAUCGACAGCAACGAACCCAUGGAAACCUAAAUGACCGCUCGUAUGUGUACGUGUGAGUAAUCCGAACAAUAACUAUAUUAUAUACAUAAAUAGCGAGCGAUCUGCAUUAAAUGAGAGAAAAA